AUGACUUCUCAUAGCUCUUCUGGCACUACAACCAUAAGUGUGCCCAACUCAGGAACAAUCAGUGUUCCAGCAGUAGCGCCGCUGUCCAUUGUCAAUGGACGAUUGAACACCACCAUUUUGGAAACUGGUACCACUUACGGUGGUGUUGCAAGAUGGGGCGAUGCACCACAUGAGUUUGGGAUGCGCCGGUUGGCUGGAACGAAAGAAGACGGAGCUAUGAGAAACUGGUUUCUCGAUGAGUGCAAAACCUUGGGAUGCGAGAUCAAAAUUGAUCAAAUAGGCAACAUAUUUGCGGUUUUUCCCGGUAAAAACCGAGGUAAGCCAACUGCCACAGGCUCUCACUUGGAUACUCAACCAGAAGCCGGCAAGUACGACGGGAUUCUGGGCGUUUUAGCAGGGCUAGAGGUGUUGAGAACUUUCAGAGAUAACAACUAUGUUCCUAAUUAUGACGUUUGCGUCGUGGUUUGGUUCAAUGAGGAAGGUGCUCGUUUUGCGAGGUCCUGUACUGGGUCUAGUGUUUGGUCCCAUGAUUUAUCUUUAAAAGAGGCUUACGAACUUAUGUCAAUUGGCGAGAAGGAGUCCGAGUCUGUUUUUGACUCUCUGAGCAACAUUGGAUAUAUUGGUGACGUGCCAGCGUCCUACAAGGAAAAUGAACUCGAUGCGCACUUCGAGUUGCACAUCGAGCAAGGUCCUAUUUUAGAAGACGAACAGAAAUCUAUUGGUAUUGUUACAGGAGUUCAGGCUUAUCGGUGGGAGAAAAUCACUGUAAGCGGCGAGGGUGCACAUGCCGGCACGACACCUUGGAGAUGCAGGAAAGACGCUCUUUUAGCAUCAGCCAAGAUGAUUGUCGCCGCUUCUGAAAUUGCUAAAAAACAUCAAGGCUUGUUUACAUGCGGUGUGAUCGAUGCAAUGCCUUAUUCUGUGAACAUUAUACCAGGUGAAGUAUCGUUCACUCUCGAUGUCAGACACCCUUCAGAUGAAUCUAUUAAAGCCAUUAUUGCAGAAGCCCACUGCGAAUUUGAUCGCAUUGUCAAGGAAAAUACUGCAGGUGCUUUAACUUACAGUUCAGAAGUGCUUCAGAUUUCACCAGCGGUCAAUUUUGAUCAAACUUGCCUUGAAUGCGUAUCCAGAUCUGCACUCGCUCAAUUUCCAAAAAAUAAAGUUCGUCAGAUGUGGUCGGGCGCAGGACAUGACUCUUGCCAAACCGCUCCACACGUUCCAACCUCAAUGAUAUUCAUUCCUUCUAAGAAUGGUUUGUCUCACAAUUAUCAUGAAUACUCUUCUCCCGAAGAAGUAGAGGACGGAUUCAAGGUUCUUCUACACGCCCUUGUCAAUUAUGACAACUUUAGAGCAGCGAGGGGUUAUUGA